CCGUGUGGGAACCCCGCCCGCAAGGCCCCGUCGGGUGGCGGGCGCGCUUUCUGGGAGCGGCCGUGGGCGUCCGAGCCCCAGAUAACCCCUCUGGUUUCCCUUGUAGCCGCUGGCCUCUACUACCUGGCGGAGCUCAUAGAAGAAUACACCGUGGCCACCAGCAGAAUACUCAAAUACAUGAUCUGGUUCUCCACAGCGGUGCUGGUCGGCCUGUACCUCUUUGAGAGCUUUCCUGGCUUCAUGGUGGGCGUGGGCCUCUUCACCAACCUGGUCUAUUUCGGCCUGCUGCAGACCUUCCCCUUCAUCAUGCUGACCUCGCCCAACUUCAUCCUGUCUUGCGUGCUGGUCGUAUUUAACCACUACUUGGCGUUCCAGUACUUUGCGGAGGAGUACUACCCGUUCUCUGAGGUCCUGGCCUACUUCACGUUCUGCCUGUGGCUCAUCCCCUUCGCCUUCUUUGUGUCCCUGUCGGCCGGUGAGAACGUCCUCCCUUCCACGGUGCAGUCUGGAGAUGACGUGGUGUCCAACUACUUCACCAAGGGGAAGCGGGGGAAGCGCUCCGGCAUCCUCCUCAUCUUCUCCUUCAUCAAGGAGGCCAUCCUGCCCAGUCGCCAGAAGAUGUACUGAGCCCCCGCGGGCGGCGUGAACUGUGCCCAAGCGGAAGGGCUUGGUGGGGGUGUCAGCGCGGUCCCUGGGCCUCCGGCGCGCCCCCUUCCUCCACUUCGCUCCGAGGGGUUUGGUUAGGAACGUACCAUCC